UGACUAGGCCUGCGAGGUGGGAUGACCCCACCUUACAGAUUAGGCCCCGCCCCUGAGACCCAAAGAGACAAAUGACUCACCAGGGUUGCACCGCUGCCUGCCGAGAGGGAGAGAGGAUCCCACAAGUUUUUCUUUUGGAUGCAGCUUCCUUGAUGAGGAUGGCCAGGCCUCUGGAGCAGGCGGUAGCUGCCAUCGUGUGCACCUUCCAGGAAUAUGCAGGGCGCUGUGGGGACAAAUACAAGCUCUGCCAGGCAGAGCUCAAGGAGCUGCUGCAAAACGAGUUGGCCACCUGGACCCCGACUGAGUUUCGGGAGUGUGACUACAACAAAUUCAUGAGUGUUCUGGACACCAACAAGGACUGCGAGGUGGACUUUGUGGAGUAUGUGCGCUCACUUGCCUGCCUCUGUCUCUACUGCCACGAGUACUUCAAGGACUGCCCCUCAGAUCCCCCCUGCUCCUAGUAGCCUCUGCUGCAGGGGGUGCGCCAGCUGUUGGGGGCUGGGCAUGUCUCCCACACUCCCUCCUACCCUCUCUCCUGUACCCCUUUCAAUCUGGACUUGCCCAGGUCUGCCGUGAUCAGUUAACCCAUUUUACCUAGGAGGCCCAGAGAUGUGAGGGCUCCUUUCCCAGGAUGCCCAGCAAGUGAGGGGUAGAGCCACUCUGGGCCCCAGCCUGCCUGCUGCACCCCUGCGGCCUCCCUUGUGGAUGGGAGGAGGCGGGAUCUGCUGUGAGGCCCUCGAGGCUCAGCAGAGCGUGCACCAAUGAGACCACGAUGGGAAAGGGCCCGUUUAACUCCUAAUAAAAAACUGGCGUCAGC